AUGUUUAGUUUUCUACAAAAAAAAUCAGUUUCAUGUUUUCAAAAAGUUGACAUGACAGGAUCAGGCGCCUCGUCAACGGUGGACGUCUACAAAACGUGGGCGAUCUAUUACGAGUCCAUGAGGUCAUCGUUCAUCGACCUCCAGUUUUUCUACGACGCAAAGGGCAGUUCUAGAGGAAAGCAGGACAUUAUAGGCAGCAAAAUAAACUUUGCAGGCUCAGAUAUCCCUCUGAAUAGAGCUGACGAACAAAAUUAUCCUGACAUAAAAUACUUCCCAUCCCUAGCGUGUAAAGUUAAACUCCGAAUUUAUUACAACAAUAAAAAGACGUCCCACCUAAUACUGAAAAACAACUGCAAACAAAUUGUCGGAAUAUACAAUGGAACUAUAACAAACUGGAACGAUUCUUCGUUCAUGAAGAACAACCCCAGCACAAAACUUCCUGACGCACCAAUAAUCCCGAUAGCCAGGCUUGAUGAUGCCGGAUCAACGUUUAUAUUUUCCAGCACUCUUUCGUCUUUCGACAUCAACUGGAAUUCCAGUUUUGGAACGUUUCAAUCUAAAAACUUUUGGCCAAAGCAUAUAACGAUUUUUGGUCAAAGAAUUAGUGGUAUGGCUGACACUAUAACUAAUAACAACUUUAGCAUUGGAUAUUUGAGCACUUCCGGAGUUCAAGAAGUUAAUUUGAGCUAUGCCAAAAUUAUUAAUAAAAGCGGGAAAAAAGUGGAUGCAAAUAUAGAAAUUAUUCAAGAAACAAUUGAAAAAUCUUUCAAAAACCAGUCAGCCAAUUUUGCAUUUUCUUUGACAGACCUAGAUAUUCCUUCAGCAUAUCCAAUUCUAUCUUUCUCUUAUAUAUUAAUUAAUAUUAAUAACAUUAAAUAUGACUGCAGUCAGAUCACGGAGCUGUAUAGAUUUUUUAAAUGGUCGCUUCAAUCAGUUGCUGCUCACAAAGCAACGAAACAUCUUCAGUUUGUACCUCUUCCA